GCGGAAUACGGAGUAGGAGCAGGUCUCGGUAGAGUCCUUGCAGAAUAUGAGUCAAACAUCACCGACUUUUACCCAGUCUCUCAUUGCUGGAGGCCUUGCAGGUACAUCUGUGGAUCUUCUAUUCUACCCUAUAGACUCUGUCAAGACUCGCCUGCAGUCUGCUCAGGGAUUUGUAAAAGCUGGUGGAUUCAAUGGAAUAUACAGAGGCGUGGGUAGUGUGAUUGUAGGAAGUGCUCCUGGCGCUGCCGCAUUCUUUUGCACCUAUGAUACCCUGAAGCGCACACUUCCUAUCCCAGAGCACCUGGCUCCUGUGAACCAUAUGAUUUCUGCAUCUGUGGGUGAAAUUACGGCCUGCCUGAUCCGCGUUCCAACGGAAGUCAUCAAGACACGAUCACAAACUUCGACAUAUGGUGCUCUUGCCGACUCCUCGCUUGCCGCCGCUAGACUAUUAUGGAGAACGGAGGGUUUAAAAGGUUUCUAUAGAGGCUUCGGUAUUACCGUGAUGCGCGAGAUUCCAUUUACGUCUCUGCAAUUUCCGCUGUAUGAGCUGUUCAAGAGUCGUCUUUCUCGCUUACUCUACGAUAAGCCUGCAUCCCUACAUGCAUAUGAGGCUGCGCUCUGUGGGAGCGCAGCAGGCGGCAUUGCGGCGGCUUUGACUACUCCACUUGAUGUUCUCAAAACUCGAGUAAUGCUCGAUCUUCGAGAUCCAUCCCACCCGUCGUAUCCCUCUCCUUUGACACGAAUUCGACAGCUAUACGCCGCUGAAGGUCUCCGGGCACUGUUUGCAGGAGCUGUUCCACGAACAAUGUGGAUCUCUGCAGGCGGUGCAGUAUUUCUGGGUAUGUAUGAGUGGACUACAGGCCUUCUUGCAUCCACUGAAGCAUGACACAUCCGCGGAGUCCCUUUUGUGCUUGCCGUCGUGUCAUGAUUCACGUAGACUCCCACUGCAAAGGCUAUACGACUUUUCACUGUGGAGCAC